AUGUCUUCUGAUCAGGUGCUGGACGAAGCUUCUCUGAAGGAACUUGUAGACAGAAACGCCGUUUUGAUACAAGAACAAACUGAGUUUAUCCAAAAUCAGACGAUCACAAAAUACAACUUAGCAAGUACGCUAGAAUUCCAGAAACGAAGGUUGAGCUUGUACUCUGAUACUAUUCACCUUAAAAGUGGAUGUCUUUCACAAAGGAAAGAUCAGAUUGGUAAAGAGCAAAACACAAUCAGUACCAUGAAAAACUCUAUUGAGGCUCGAAACCAACGUUCUACCGAUGGAAUGCAAAGUUCUGGUGGAAAAAGUUCGAGUGAACUUGGUGAAAGUUCACACAAAAAAUUGAAGGUUUUCUUUCACGAUUAA